AUGGGAAGGACAGUCGAAGUUGACGAGUUCCCUUCUUAUGUGAAUGCAGAAAUGGCAAAAGAAUUCCUGGAGAAAUAUACGGGCAAGGGAACUGUGUACGCACUAUUGAUCAAGAAAAAGAAAGCAUACGCACCACUAAAAAUGUUAAAGUUCAAAAGAAAAGGGACGAAUCCUAGAGUUUUUGCAAAAGUGCAAUUCAUAAGCAAAGAAGAUGCGUCUUCUUUGAUUAAUAAACAGCUCAAUUAUGAUGGCAAGUCAUAUUUAAAAGUUACGGAUUUGGCGCUUGAUAUUGUGCCAAACUCAAGGUUGCCAUUAAGGGUUUCAGUAUUCCGUUCACAGGCCACUGCUCUGUACUUCGGCGACCAGGUUUCUGAUAAUUGUUUUCUUUCGAAUUGGAAGGGGCACAAUGUGAUAGUAGAUUUCGAGUUUGGAUUUCGGAGAUUAAGCUUUCUUUUAUCUUAUCUUCACGUGGACUAUAAGCUUGAACUUACAUAUGAGAGCAUUUGGCGGAUCCAUUUACAUCGCUCAGAGAAUCGAAGUCCGCAGAUGCUCCUAAUUCAGAUGUUUGCAGCUCCGAAGGUUUACAAGAAGUUUCUUUCCUCUUCAGAGGAUUCUGCUUUACAAUAUUACAAGGACACAUUUGAUGAUAAGUGGGUUCGGACCACAGACUUCACUCAAUCAUGUUGUAUUGGGCGGUCUUCUGCUAUAUGUUUGAAACUCCCAGAUGAUUGCCAUCUCCCAGAUUUCCGUGUAAACUUUCCCCAUUUCAAGGAAGAUAAAUAUUACUUCGCAUUGCAAGAGCAGCAGGGUGGUUCUAUUUUUUGUCAGAGUUCGGAUCUAGUUCCCAUUGUUGCAUCUCCUCAGGGACUUGAGAAUGAGUUGCCAUAUGAGAUCCUGUUCAGGGUUAGUUCCUUGGUCCAGCGUGGGUGUCUUCCGGGGCCAACUCUCGAUGCAGCUUUCUUUGAGAUGGUAGAUCCUAGGUAUAUACCUGCUGGUCACAUAGAGCGUGCCCUGGAAAAGCUUUAUCACUUGCGAGAAUGCUGUUAUGAGCCAGCAAAGUGGCUUGACGAGCAGUACUUAAGUUACUCAUUGUGGCCGAGAUAUCCUGGGUCCCCUGCUAUCUCCUUGGAUAAAGGACUGGUUAGUGUUCGCAAGGUUCAAGUAACCCCUUCGAAAGUAUACUUUUGUGGCCCAGAAGUAAUUAUUUCCAACAGGGUUCUGCGUCAUUUUCAUAGGCAUAUUGAUAACUUUAUCCGUAUAUCUUUUGUCGACGAAGACUGGGAGAAAUUACGUCCAGCUGAUUUAUCUUCUCGUUCAGACGAAACUGAAAUCCGCACAGCGCUUUACACAAGGGUACUCUCAACGUUGAGAAACGGAAUAGUGAUAGGUGAUAAGAAGUUCGAUUUUCUUGCCUUCUCGUCAAGUCAACUCCGGAAUAAUUCAGCCUGGAUGUUUGCUUCUGUUGGCAACCUUACUGCAGCUGGAAUUAGGGACUGGAUGGGUGAUUUUCGUGAGAUCAGAAAUGUGGCCAAGUAUGCUGCCAGAUUGGGUCAAUCUUUUGGCUCCUCGACAGAAACGUUGAAUGUUUACAGCCAUGAAGUGGAAAUCAUUCCUGAUAUAGAGAUUGAAAGCAAUGAAACCAAAUAUACUUUCUCUGAUGGAAUUGGAAAAAUCUCUUAUGCAUUUGCGCGUGAAGUGGCUAACAAGUGUGGCCUAGAAGGUUUUAGUACUCCAACUGCUUUCCAAGUUCGAUACGGCGGUUACAAAGGUGUUGUUGCUGUAGAUCCCAUGUCAAGAAAGAAGUUGUCUUUAAGGAAGAGCAUGCACAAGUUCAAGUCAAAGAAUACAACACUAGAUGUAUUAGCUUGGAGCAAGUAUCAGCCGUGUUUCCUCAAUCGUCAAGUGAUCACCCUUUUGUCUACACUUGGGGUCAGCGAUUCUGUAUUUGAGAAAAAACAAAAGGAAGUUACCGAGCAACUGGAUUUGAGUUUGACAGAUCCCUUAAGAGCGUAUGAAACACUUGCAAUCAUGUCCCCAGGAGAAAGCACAAAUAUUAUCAAGGAAAUGCUCUUGUGUGGAUACAUGCCUAAUCAAGAGCCAUUCCUAUCGAUGAUGCUCCAAACUUUUCGAGCAUCAAAGCUGCAUGAGCUGAGCACUAAAACACGGAUUUUUAUUCCAAAAGGGAGGUCUAUGAUUGGGUGUCUUGACGAAAGGGGAAUUUUAGAUUAUGGGCAGGUGUUUAUUCAAGUUUCCGCUGUUGGCAGCAAACAGUUUCAUGAAGAUUCAUUCUCUAACAAUAGUCUUAAAGGAUCAGAGGAGAACAAUUUUGUUGUGGUUGGGAAGGUAGUGGUUGCUAAGAAACCAUGCCUGCACCCUUGUGAUAUUCGUGUUUUGUGUGCGGUUGAUGUGCCAGCUCUGCACCAUACGGUGGAUUGUGUUGUUUUUCCUCAAAAAGGAAAAAGACCCCAUCCAAACGAGUGUUCCGGGAGCGAUUUGGACGGUGAUGUAUACUUUGUCUCAUGGGACCCUGAACUUAUUCCACCUCGACAAGUAGAGGCAAUGAAUUAUGCUGCAGCGCCUACAGUGCUCUUGGAUCAUGAUGUUAGAACUGAGGAGGUUGAACAGUUCUUCACCGACUACAUGAUAAAUGAUAAUUUGGGACUAAUUGGGAAUACCCACUUUGCCUUUGCCGACUUCAUGGCUGAGAGCUCCCAGUGCAAAGAGCUUGCUAAGCUAUUCUCAAUUGCUGUCGACUUCCCAAAAACUGGUGUACCUGCAGUAAUUCCUCCACAUCUACGUGUAGAUACAUAUCCCGACUUCAUGGAAAAGUUUGAUAAGCCCAGCUACAUAUCAGACCGAGUGAUCGGGAGAUUGUUUAGGCAGGUCAAAGGUACUGCACCAAACAUGAGCUGUGUGAAAUCCUUCACCCGGGAGGUGGCAGAGAAAUCCUAUGAUCAUGACAUGGAGUUUCAUGGUUUUGAGAAACACCUAGUUGAUGCCAAGUUUUACAAAGGAGAAUAUGAUUUCAAGUUGGGGAACUUGCUGGCUUAUUAUGGGAUCCAGUCCGAGGCAGAGAUUUUUGGCGGUGGCAUACUAAAAAUGUCAAAAUCAUUCAACAUGAGGAAAGAUGCGGAAGCAAUCAGUUUGGAAUUUAGGUCUUUAAGGAACGAAGCAAGAACUUGGUUUGAUGAGAACAGUGGUACAAUUUCAGUAAAUGAAGCAGUUGAUGAUAUUUAUGCCAAGGCUUCGGCUUGGUAUUACGUUACUUAUCAUCCCAGUUACUGGGGAUGUUAUAACGAUGGAAUGAAAAGGGCUUAUUACCUUAGUUUCCCUUGGUGUGUCUAUGACAAACUGAUCCACAUUAAGCGGAAGAACACUGUACGUAAUCAAGUAUUUCAGUUGAUCAGCUCAUAA